AUGAGCGACCAAAUGUCGUCGUAUUCUUCUCCCUUGCGCAAAACUGUAAAAUGGUACAGGAAAAUUGGCAUUGAGAUUUUGUUGAAUACUGCCAUAGUUAAUGAAUGGAUUAUGUUUACCGAAACUAGGAACACAAAAAUGUCCAUCGUAGAGUUUCGGAAGUCUCUAGUAGAGUAUCUAACAUGUUCGUCAGAUUCUCAAGAGAAUGAGUCAAUAGUCACGGUAUCAAGACCCAAACCAUUAAAGCAGGAGUUGCAAACAAAAUCCGGAAAAGUUAGGAAAACUAGACGAUUUUGUGUACAGUGUUACAAAGAUAUGGUAAAGAAAGUUGGACGAAAACAGGCGAAAACUAAAGCUAAAAAGGAAAAUACUUUUUGUGCUCAAUGUGAUGGAGAACCACAUAUCUGUUUAACUUGUUUUAAUAAAUUUCAUCUUUAUGUAUAG